CGCUAUACCCCCAUCUCUCCAUAACCAUGUCCCUCCAACACUUCGGGAAGGGUGCCCUCCGCGUCGCUAAGAGCUACACAAUGGGCUACUCGCACACCCAGAUGAAGAUACGAAAUGCGACUUGUAACGAUCCGUGGCCGCCCUCCGGGAAGGAGAUGUACGAGCUUGCUCAGAUGUCAUUCAACCAGAAUGACUUUGUCGAGAUCAUGGAGGUCAUAGACAAACGCCUGAACGACAAGGGUAAGAACUGGCGCCAUGUUUUCAAGUCCCUGGUGGUACUCGACUAUCUCCUGCACUCCGGUUCUGAGAACGUCAUCAACUACUGUGAGGACAAUCUCUACGAGAUCAAGACCCUCCGCGAAUUCCAGUACAUCGACGAGGACGGCAAGGACCAGGGCGCGAACGUCCGCCAGAAGGCGAAGGACAUCACCAACCUCCUCGUAGACAAGAAGCGUCUCUACGAGGAGCGCCGCAUACGCUCCCAGAUGCGUGACCGCAUGCUCGGCCCCUCACGUGCUACUGCUGCUGACGGGGAAGACGUGCAAGAGGACGGGUCUCAGCGCCGACAUCGACCUAAUGGGGACGACGAAGAACUGCAGCGUGCAAUUGAGGAGAGCAAGCGGACUGCCGAGCAGGAGCUCGCUACCGCCGAGGACAGGGACUUGCAGCGCGCGAUUCAGAUGAGUCAGGAGGAAGAGGAGAAGCGGAAACGCGCGCUGGACGAAGCCAAUGCCGCCGCAUUAUUCGACGAGAGCAAUCAGCAACCUCCGCCGAUCAUUCAGACCCAGCCGCUGAUUGACGCGACGGUCCCAUUGCAGUACACCUCCGCCGGCAUCCCGCCACAGUUCACCGCCUUCCAGCCCGACUUCACCUCCAUCCAGCCCCAGUUCACGUCCUACAACCCGUACCUCCAGCAAGCCCAGCAAGACGCCAUGCAAGCCGAGUACAUGCGCCAACAAGCCGAGUGGGCACGGCAACAGGAGCUGCUCGCACAACAACAACAGCCCAUGCUCGUUCCCUUCCAGACGGUGUUCCAGCCCCCACUACAGCCGUUCGCGUCCCCGCUCGUGCCGCAAACGACGUCGCUCGGGUCGAACAACCCCUUCAUCGCGCCGCCAUCCCCGCCCAUCUCCCCCGCAUCGAGCACCUUCCUCCCCCAACGCGCCGCCUCCGCCUCGCUCGCCUCGCCCGUAUCCUUCAACCUCCCAGGAACGUACGACGACCGCCCCCGCCCCGCACGGGACACAGCGUCCGCGCCUCCCCGCGGCCCGGGGGCACUCCUCCAGCCGUUCUCGACCGGGACGGAGCCGCCGCGGAAGCUCGGGGGCGGGCGCGAGCACGCGCGGCUUGCGAGCCUGUUCGCGAGCUAUACUGGCGAUGGGGUGGAUACGUUUGGGAAUACCGGGCAGCUUAGGUUUAUGGCGACGCAGCACGGGAUGCUGGCGGCGCAGAAGACGGGCGCGGGCGCGGGCGGGCAGAGCAGGAACCCGUUUGUGCAUCCUGAGGUGGUGCAGCCGCCGAUCGUGGAGGAGAACCUCAUUGAGAUUUGAUGCUCUAUUCUGACGUUCUGACGUUCUGAACACGGACUCAGAACUCUGUUUGUGUACGACUAGUAGUACUAGUAUGUUCUUCUAACCUUGGCUUGCGCAUAUCUACCGCUGACGUGUUUGACAGCCUAAUGCUGUAUCUAUAGUGAUAUUCAAAUGUACCGCGAUGAC